GUGUCUUCUCUUUAGAAUGCCUAGAUCUGCUGCUUCUCCCGAAAACUUGUGGGCGAUCAUGCUCUUCUGGUUUCUGAGGAUACGGAGCAUCCAUCGAACAGCAAUAUCGACCCCUCACGACAUCGAGUCCGGGGCUUCACGUCAACCCGAUGACUCAGGAACACCCACACAGCAUCAACAAUCCUCUUCAUCGAUGAACCAAGGGGAAGAGGGUCAGCCGUUUAGGCUGGCUGCAAAAAUCUUUAUACCUGUACAGAUCGCCGGUAUUGUAGCUUUGAUACCAAUUUGCUUCGUCGACAAGCUGCCGGCGGACUGGCUAGCCUUUCCCUUGAUUCUAGUCCUUUUCUUAUUGACACUUUCGUUCCUUCUCUCUACAUAUUUGCUAUUCAAAUCUACUCUUAUGGGGCGUGGAACUAACGAGGCCAGUCAAAACCAUGUUAUCAAGAUUUCUGUAGUCCUUAUGGUGCUUGCUUUGGUAAUUUCGGUCGGAACCUGCGUGGCUCACCUCGUCAUCAUUCACCGUCCGAACGUGCAUGGGUCAUCUCAUUAUCAUGGGGCUAUGAAGUGCCAUGUGCAUGACUCAUCUCAUCAUCGUCCAGCUACGAAUUGCCAUGAGGUCACUAGAGGAUAAUUGGUUCUAUACAACACUCUGUAGCAUGGGCGAAGUCAAGAUUUUUUUUCAAGGAUGGGCCAAAUAGUACAACCUUUGCAUCUGGGUGGAGUCAAAUUGAACUCGAA